AUGUCGAGUAAUCCUGAAGAAUAUAUUACAAGGGACGACAGUGAAAUAGGAAACGAUUAUGAUUCAAGCGCAUCAAUGAAUAAUGUGUACCAAUUUGCUCCUUUAUCGUCGGAUUCUGAUGAAGAUACAGACAACAUUAUAAAUAAUCGAUUAGCUGGACGGAAAAGUAUAAAUAGAAAACGGCCCAGAUUAUUGAGUACCUCUUCAGAAGAAGAAGAUUCAAAUUUAUCUCCAAAUAUCGAGAACUGUGACCAGACUGGAAGAUUAUUGUGGUCCAAAAAUAAUUUGUCGCCUACACUACAUAUUUUUGAUGAACACAAUUCAGGAGUAAAAGGAUAUUUGAAUGCACAGUCAACACCCUUAGAUGCCUUUCAAAUAUAUCCUUUUCACAAUCGUUCACGCCAUACGAAAAUCUGUGCAUUGACGAAAGUCUUUUGCUAUACAAAGGUAGAUGUUAUUUUAAACAGUUUAUACCAUACUGGAAGAAAAACAGAUAUUAAUGAAAAUAAUACAGCCAUUGGGAUUUCCGGAAAUGUUGUAAUGACACUUCUUCAACCAGAUCUGGAAAAGGGCCAUACACUAAUUACGGAUAAUUGGUAUAAGAGCCCACGUUUAUUUACUUUAUUACAUCAACACAAAACCAACGCAUUUGGAACUGUUCGUAAAAAUAGAAGUGAAAUGCCCCAUAUGGAAGAAAACCUGAAGAGAGGAGAAAUUUGCUACCGGUCAACCAAUAUUUUAUUGGCAAUGAAAUGGCGUGACAAAAAGGACGUCUGGAUAUUGUCUUCUGUACACGCAGCAAGGUUGAUUGAAACUCCGAAAAAAAGAUUAUCGUACAGGGUUAAAUAAGAUAAAACCAUCGUGUAUCGUAGAUUAUAAUUCUAACAUGGGCGUUAUAGAUAGAGUUGAUAUGAUUUUAAGUACACUUAAUUCUGUAAGAAA